AAAGCAUGAGACACGUUUCUGACAUAGAAAUGCGCUUUUUAAAUAUCAAAGUAAGUGUUUUAAAAUUAAAGUUGGCUACUUAGUUUCGGAUCGAGUUUGCAACUUUUUUCCAAUCUUUGACUGAUGGCUUAGCAUCCUGACUAACAAUAUGAAGCAUGUGAUUAAAAAGAAGCAGCCCGGUUUUGAACGUGACUCUUUUGUUGGUGUUCCAGGGUCCAAGACCAAGAAGAGGCCAAGACCCACCAAAGUGUACCAGGGUGUAGAAAUUUUGGUGCUAAACCAAAUGGGGAGAUCAGUUGGGCGAUUUUGCCGUAGGCUGAAUUACAAAAAGAAAAGUAUUCAGGUGUCUGACAAAACCCUUUUAAAUACUGAUACAAACACCGAACCAUCUGUCUCUCCCCCCUCGAACAGCCGUGAGACUCAUGGUAAAAAAUUCAGCUGUGAACUCUGUGGCGUGAAGUACUGCCGCAAAGGGAACCUGGUGUCUCACAUGCGAAUACACACAGGAGAGACUCCGUACAGCUGUGAACUGUGUGGAAAAGCGUUCCGGCGUUCAGACUGGCUUAAAUUGCACAUGCAAAUCCACACGGGUAAGAAACAGCCGAGACCUAAGCGCUUCGUUUGCGAUCAGUGUGGGAUGAAGUUUGAUUGCUCCGCUGCCCUCCAAAGUCAUAUAUGGAAACACAGUGGCGAGAGACCACUUCCUUGUGUGCUCUGUGAGAAGACGUUCUACAGUCUGGGCACUCUUAGACGGCACAAAAACGAAUGUCACUCUGCAGAAAGCAGACGGUUCUCUUGCUCCAUGUGUGGACACAUCUUUAAACGCCUUCAUGCGCUGCAGAAACACACACUGAUUCACACUGGAGAGAGACCUUACUCCUGUUCACAGUGCGGAAAAUGUUAUCCUCAUCAGUACACGCUGUUUUUGCAUAAUAAACUGCAGGCAUGCAAUGGUUGAUGUGAUGCACCAAAUUUAACAACGUUUUACCAUAUGCAAAACAGUACCUUUGACAGCGAAAUCUCUGUAAAUAAUGAGAGAGAGAGAUUGCAUAAGUGGAUCCAUUUGGCAGUUGUGGGAUUCAGAUUUAGUAGUUCAAUGGAAGUUUAAGGAAGGCCAAAUUAUCUUAUAAUGUUCCCAGUGUUACUUGUCAUAAUUGCAUUUUAACUAGUCAUAUAUGACUUAUAUUCACUUGUCAUAUGUUUUCAUUGACUCCCAUUUUUAAUUACAAAUUAAGAAUUUCAGUGGACCCUUUCCACACGUUUGCUCCAACAACAAAAGAAAAAAAACCAACGACUACGCUUUCACAUAUUUGCAAAGAUUUUUUCAUGAUUCAUAAUAUAAUAUUUAAUCAUGUAUUACAUUUUUUUUUAUUAGGUAUUUCACAUUAGGCACAACUUAUGUUGUAGAGUGCUCCAAUUAAAAUAUUAUUAGUACAACUACAAAUAUAAAGAGUAUUGCUAGGUGCAUUAAAUGCUAAAUUGGCUUGCCAUAAAAGUUCAAGUUUUUUCCAACUGAUAGGUGAUAGAUUCGUUUUUGCUAGUAAAAAUGAAUUUGACAUGUGUUAUUGAAUUUCUACCAUUAAAGAUAUGAAAAUCAAAACAGAUGAUUAUUUUUUUCUGAACAGAAACGCAAAGAAUCUCUUCUCUUACACAAUUGAAACUGUUCAGUCACAAUGUUCAUAUUAAAAAUAAUGUCAUCUUGACCCAUCUCUAUCAAUGUUGAUGUGACUAUGUGUUCCUAAUACAUGUUGAGAAAUUGUAAACCAAAAAAACCCACAAUAGAUCUGAUUUGCAUGCAGAUUUGAUUCAUAUUCUGUUUCCUGUACAAAGCACUGGUCACGUUAAAUGCUAAUCUCAUAUCUCAAGAUAAAGUCAUGAAAUAAAUCAUGUGCAAAGGUAAAAUAGUUAAUGAAACAAAUGUAGUAUUAAAAAUCAAAACACAAUGCGGUAACAUACCUUGUCUAACAAAAAAUAAGCCCCAUUCUGAAAAUUAUCUAACAAACAAGCAAAUAAUUAAAUCCUACCCCCAACUCACACCAUUGGUUGAGUCAAUAUUGUUGUAACAGGCUGCUCAAAACAAGUAUUUAUAGCACCUUGAACAGGGAAAGACCGAAAUCUCUUUUUUUGGUCAAGAUUACGAUCAUUAUGAUCACGAUUUUUUUUGUGUGCUUUUUCCCAGCUUGUAUUGCUAAUGUGGUGGUGGCGUAGUGGGCUAAAGCACAUAACUGGUAAUCAGAAGGUUGCUGGUUCGAUCCCCACAGCCACCACUAUUGUAUCCUUGAGUAAGACACUUAACUCCAGGUUGCUCCGGGGGGAUUGUCCCUGUAAUAAGGGCACUAUAAGUCGCUUUGGAUAAAAGCGUCUGCCAAAUGCAUAAAUGUAAUGUGCAUGUACAUUGUUGAAUUGAUUGACAGGUGAUGUCUGUACCUAAAAGCUGAUUGGCUCUUUUACCUGUAAGGUGGAACUGCAUUUCUACAUUGACCGUUGACCAAUGGGUGCUACAACUUCUGGCAUUCCAAUUCCUCCCAUUCAUUUAAAUAGAAGUGGCCCGUCUCUGCUAAAUAGUCUCUGGAGCCACUGCGCAUGCGACAUCACUGCCGUUAAACUCGUAAUUGUCCUUGAAGUGGCAAUUUUUUUAAUUUAGAAUACAAAACACUGGUGUAUGGAGACGGAGAUAGUUGAAUAAAAGGCUUUAAUUUGAGACUAGUGGUGGUGAUUUUGAUUCAUAUCAGUGACUUGAUUCUUUUGAUUCUGUUCACCGUUCAGAUUCGUUCAUUGAUUCGUUCACUCCCAAUAUCUUGAAGUUACGCCUUUGCACCUGCAGAUGCACCAAAUGACAAUCUUUUAAGUAAUUGCACUGAACCGAAAGCAUUCAUUCACAACCAGAACAAGUCUAAGAGACUUUAAACAACAAAGCAUAUCUAUGAUACUGUGAACUGCUGAGCACGACUUUGUAUCAAGCUAUUCAAAAAAGGACAACAAUACUAGCCUAAAAAUUAUUAUAAUUUUCAAUAACACAUGUAUGUCAUUGUAAUGUGUGCUCAUAACUCACUUUUGUUCAUAAUUCAUCUGGCCCAUUUUCUUGUUGAACGAGAUUGACAAUAUGUAAGCUAACAAUAUUUAAUAUUGGAUAAUAGCUAACAAAUUUAUGGAUUCAUUUGAUUAUUGUUUUAUGGUGCUUUUUGUGGUUUAUUUUCCUUUUUGGCAUAUUGUGAAAACUCAUUUUGUGUCCCAUGGCUAACAAAAGUAAAAUAAAA